AAAUUAAGAAAAUAAGAAGUUCAUUUCCUCGAUUCAUAAACAGCAAGUUUCCUUCUCUCACUUGAUCCAUUUAUUUAUAAGUAAAAAUCCAAUCUUGAAGACACCCCUUUUAUUUCCUUUUUACUCUAUCAUAUGGGUGCUUGAAUUUUCAGUGACUGCAAAUGAAUUAUGCUCACAUAGCUCGAAAUAUGUGAUUUUCAGCAUACUUCUUAUGCGGGUUGUGUGAAUUUCCUGGAAUCAUAGUGUUGUUUUGUUGAUUUUGGCCAAAAAAAUGAAUCUUGGAGUCAAUUCCAUGUCUGUAACUACUUCAAGUGCUUCUUGGAAGUCCGAUGCAGUUUCCGACCAGUUUCCGGCGGGUUUGAGGGUUCUCGUCGUCGACGAUGACCCCACUUGUCUUAGGAUCUUGGAAAAGAUGCUGAGAAAUUGCCGCUAUGAAGUUACCACAUGCGGUCGAGCUGAGGUUGCGUUGAAGUUACUUAGGGAUAACAAGGAUGGAUUCGACGUUGUUAUAAGUGAUGUCCACAUGCCCGACAUGGAUGGUUUUAAGCUUUUGGAGCGCGUUGGAUUGGAGAUGGAUCUACCGGUCAUCAUGAUGUCGGCUGAUGAUAGCAAAAGUGUGGUGAUGAAGGGUGUCACUCAUGGUGCUUGUGACUAUCUGAUCAAACCGGUUCGGAUGGAGGCGUUGAAGAACAUAUGGCAGCAUGUGGUUCGUAAGAAGAAGAAUGAGUGGAAGGAGAAGGAUGCAGAACAGUCGGGAAGUGUGGAAGAAGGAGAUCGGCAGCAAAAGCCUACUGACGAUGCUGAUUACUCUUCUUCAGCUAAUGAAGGAAAUUGGAGAAACUCGAGAAAGAGGAAGGAAGAGGAGGAUGACGGUGAUGACAAGGAUGAUUCAUCUACAUUGAAGAAACCGCGCGUUGUUUGGUCUGUGGAGCUGCACCAGCAGUUCGUAACUGCUGUUAAUCAACUUGGAAUCGACAAGGCUGUGCCAAAGAAAAUCUUGGAAUUGAUGAACGUCCCGGGCCUCACAAGAGAGAAUGUUGCAAGCCACCUUCAGAAAUAUCGUCUUUAUCUUAGAAGGCUUAGUGGACAGCCCCAGAAUGGACUCGGGAACUCGUUUCUUGGACCCCAGGAUUCAGGUUUUGGCUCAAUAAGUUCGCUCAACGGCCUCGAUCUUCAAGCUUAUGCUUCUUCGGGUCAAAUACCAGCUCAAAGUCUUGCUUCAAUCCAAGCUGCAGCACUUGGUAGGGUGACCAACAAAUCGGGUAUAGUUGAUCAACGCAACAUUUUCAGCUUCGAUAAUCCAAACAUGAGGUUUCUAGAUGGGCAGCAACACCAUAGCAAUGGUAAGCAAGUGAAUCUACUCCAUGGCAUCCCUACGAAUAUGGAUUCGAAACAGCUUGCUGCUUUGCACCAGUCUGGACAGCCCUUUGGUAAUACGCUUAUGAACGUGCACUCCCAGUCAGGCCAAAGUAAUUCUUUACUCACGCAGAUGGUUCAACCACAGUCGAGGACACAAAUGUUGAACGAAGUUGGUGGUAACCCGGUCUUGAAUUUUCCAUCAUCGGUAGGGCAACCUGGUUUGUCUCAGGCGAUUCCCGGGUCCGUCUUUAGCCGGUACGGAAUGGAUAAUAACAAUGUUCGUCCUCUGACAUACACGUCCCUUUCCCAGCCCACGUCUGUAGUAGAAUUUUCGAGGAGUCAGGGCAUGGAGUUAUCCGGGAAUUCAAUUCCACUCACUAGUAACUCAGGAAUCCCAAGUUAUACCUCUAAAGGGACGACGCUCCAAGAAGAGGUGAACUCUGAAAUUAAAGGAUCUCGAGGCUUUCUACCCAAUUUUGAUGCGUUCAACGAGCUCAGCCAGAACAGAACCGACACUUGGGACUUGCAAAAUGUUGGAUCAACCUUUGAAACUCCUCAACAUUCCAAUAUUCAAAGCCGUCUGGAUGUUGCACCGUCAGUUUUAGUCCAACCAGCAUUUACCUCUGAUCAUAGGAAUGGACAUAUCCGGACUACAUCUGUUAACAAGGCAGCUUUCUCAGCUGCUACCAGUCUUGGCAACGGCACAAACUUCGGGCAGCAGCUCACACCAUCACACGCUGAUAGUGCUCUAAGAAUCAAGACUGAAAGACUACCUGACAUGGGCUUCCAAAACAGCCUCUUUCCCGAUCAAUUGGGCCAAGACGACCUCAUGAGCACGCUCCUCAAGCAGCAGCAAGACGGGUUGGCGCCAGUGGAAAAUGAGUUUGGCUUUGACGAAUACCAACUGGAUAAUCUUCCGGUUUAGCCUGCCCGUCUUUAUGUAGCUGACUCACCUUUCAAAUCUUUGUACAUAGUCACUUGUGCUGACAAUUCGUGAUCAACGCACGCAUGCUAUAGAUUUGUCCUUGCAAUAACGUACUGCGCCUGCGCCUUUCUUGCAUAGACGGGCUUCAUUCUUUUCAAAUUCAGAACGUCGGGUGGUUGAAGAAAAUCGGCAUGGUAUGCAAAGCGUACUUGCUAAGUUUUGGUUGCUUUAGGGUUAGGUGAUUGAUAGUAGGAAAUUGUUACAGGCUGAUUUUCCUCAUUCAUUGUGACAACACCUCACGCAGGUGGUGUGCUAAGUCGCUUUCCGCGUUUCUGGGUAAAAAAUACGAUGAUUUCUUGUGGACUCGUUGAGAAUGACUAGGAUAAAUUUGUGGCAUUAUGGUAGAAUCACACGGAUUCAAUUCGACAUGUUUGAUUAUGAAUUGUGUGACAUUGUUGUAACUUUGAUGAUUCUUUUUUGGAAUAUUUCUCAAUCGAUUUGGGGUUAUGUUA